AUGGACGAUGACACGGGCAUCCUCUGCCCUGCCAUUUGCAUGCAGAUGCAUCAUAGCGACUCUUCUUCCUUUACCGCUCCGCAGGGCGCUGAGAUAUCUCAAGAGCAACAACCUCCGCUUUCUACAGCUGCCUCACUACACCAGCAUAGGCGCUUAGUUUCGCACCCUUCUAUACUACAGCAGAUACUUGAUCCGAACCUCUUUGAGAAUACUAUCCCACAACAGCGACCACUCUCAUCUACGGCCUAUAGUCAAGAUAGUUGGGGCUCGAUUAUGGAGCCAAACAAUUUCUGCAGCCCAGACACAAUGAUGUACGAUAUGCUAGAGAAUAGGCAGGGCGGGCUACCAUGGGAAGGUGAAACUCCUGUAUCUACCGACCUGGAGUUUGAUUUCUUUACCUCUACCUAUCCUCUACUUGAUGAGUUCAGCGAGCUUGAAUGCCUUGGAUACCAGACCUCCAAGCAGCCGAAUACAUCUACACUUUCUCAGGCAAAUACUAGCCGGAUACUGGAAAGUCAUUAUUCAAACUCAGGGCCUAGUUGCUCCCGACCAUCAUUUGAUAGCUCCACUUCUCGGCCGGAAAGCACCAAUUACCCUCCUCUCUCACCAGAAAACUCUAUUGAAUCUAGUUCACCAGUUGAACUCCAUGUCCUCUAUGGCUCGGAUUCGAUUGCACGUUCCGUACCAGAGCCAGGAAAUCUAGCAUCUGACGACGAGACAGACGACGAUAGCGUCUCUUCUGAAGAGCCCUACGCAAGGUUAAUUUGGAGGGCGCUCAUGUCUGCCCCCGGCCAUAAAAUGGUACUUAAGGAAAUAUACGAAUGGUUUGAAAAGAAUACAAGCAAAGCCAAAAACUCUGAUUCCAAAGGGUGGCAGAACAGCAUUCGCCAUAAUCUCUCCAUGAAUGCGGCAUUUGAAGGUGUCAAAGAGGUCUUAUCACCAGGAGCGCAAACCCGAAAAUCUGGUAACGCCUGGGUUCUCACCGAACGUGCUAUUAGACAUGGAGUACAGUCUACUACCCGAUACCGCAAACCAGGAGUUCACAAGAAAUCCCAAAAAUCAGAUCAUCCAGCCCCCCAAAGGCAAAAGUCAGGAGCUAGGGGAGGUCGUGCCGCCAAAAAAGCCGCCAAAUACAGACGCGCCAUCCAAGAGUCUCAGAGGCUAGACAGAAACUCUCAAAAUGCGCCUCUUAGUGAUAUACCCUUCAAUCGCUACGACCUUCUUGCUCAAACCACAAGCUGCGUUGAAUAUGGGCCUGCGGACCCAGUGAACAACUACGUGUUAAGCGAUUAUGGGCUCGGUAGCCUCUUGGGUUGCAACGAACUCAUACCACGAUCACCCUUAUUUUACCCUGACUUGGAUCUGGAUAGGAACCAACCACUCUCUGGGGCUACUGUCUUGGGAGGCCAGCCAAUCGGUCGAGAUUUUAAUCCCCUUCUGCAGUAA